UGAGUGCCUCGCGCGAGACGCUGCACGGUGCUGCGCCGUCUGCUGCGCCGCCUGCGCCGCCCUUCCACAUGGGGUGGCUCACGACGCUCUUCUCUCCUCAGCAGCGGGCGCUCGGCCUCGCUGUCCGGCGAGGAGACACGCGCGGUUUCUUGCGCGCACUCGACUCGGCGAUGAGUGGCAAGCUCGGUGUCAUGGGCGGUUUCCUCGACGGCACGGCCGCCUAUGUCCUCUCGUUCACGUGGCACCAGCUGCUCUCCAUCUACAUCUUCAACCUCCACCCUCGCCCGUGGGGCGGUGGUGGAGAGCAAGCCUCGUCAAUCGCGAUGCUGCGCUUCGCGGCGGGUCUGUGCGUCGUCGCCGGGCUCGUCCAGCACCUCGCGCGCUCGUCUGUAUGCGCGUCGCUGCCGGGCGCGGAGACGGUCCCGUCCAUGACGGGCAUGCUGGCCGGCUGGGCGGGUGGCGAUACCUUUCUGCAGCUGUUUCGAGAGCUUCGCGCAGCGCGGCCCGAGCUCUGCGACAUGCCGGCGGCGCUCAACGGGACAGCGGCAGCCGAAGCACUGGAGGCGCCGGACUGCACGCGGCUCAACCUCGCUCUGGCGGCGCUCGUGACGGUGGGCUCGACGCUGCUCAUCACGCUGCUCAAGCCCUUCACGCAGUCGGUCGAGUGCGGCAGCGGGAGGGUCGUCGACUGGCUCGAGGACUGGGUCGAGUCGAUCUGGCAGCUGGUCUCCAAGGCGGCAGCCACUACGGUGAUGGUCGUCUGGACGUCCGUCCUCACAAAGAUGGAGCUGCACGGCGUCGAGCCCGACCAGGGCGGCGUGACGACCCGUAUCUACAUCUUUUGGGCAAUCUCGAUCACCGCGGUCGGGUCAGCGGUGGCGACUUGGCUGGAGGCGAUGGAGGAGUACUUCGUCGCAGAGGGCGCGGAGGCGACGGCGGCGGCGGCGGCGGCGCGCGACGGCGAGCCGGAGCUGGGCGAGCGAGCGAACACGGCUCGCGUGGCGGCGCUGGAGAUGAAGGCAAAGAAGGACGAGGCGCUGGUCGAGUUCUCCAACCUCGCGCAGGCCACGCUCGGGUGGGUAGCGGGCUGCGCGUGGACGGACGUCGUGUGCGACCUCGUCCCCACCCUGUACGCCAAGCCGACGCUGCACGUCGCGCUGCAGAACCUCGCCGUCACUCUCGCCCUCACCGCCGGAUGCGUCCUCUGGCUCUGCCUUGUCGGCGGCGGCGACGGCGCCAUCUCGAAGGACCGCGCCCAGUCAGAGAGGGCUUUCAUCUCGGGCGCGAUGGCCUUCUUUGUCGGAUGGGGAUGGGUCCUCGUCUUGCGCGACACGUUCGUCCCCUUUGGCUGGCUCAUCGACGAGCAGGUGGAGUCGCUGGUCGCUCGAGGCGAGGGAGCGCAGCGCGCGGCGCCGCCGGGCGCCUCCUCCGUCUCUGCGAUGGCGGGUCGCUUCCUCGCCCGCGACGGGCAGGGCGCCACUCUCGCCGUGCUGCUCUUCGCUCCCGCCAUGACGGUCCUCUUCUUCCUCGUCAAGGCGCGGCUGCUCGAGCUGAGCCGGAGGUCGCGAGGCCUCGAGCAAACCUACUCCGAGCUCUCGCUCUCCUUCGCCGACUUCUCAACGAAGAGGCGUGGCGCGCCCGCACCGCCAGCAGCCCGCGGCUACAACCGCCUCUCUGACGCCGAGGCGCCGGCGAUCGCCGCGGCCGCUGCUGCGAGGCCGCCGGCAUUCGGCGCAGCGCCGGCGGCGCGGCCGCCGGCCGGGAAGGAGCGAACGAGAACGGCGGCCACGGCGUCUGCGCCACCUGCUGUGAAGCCCAAGCGCCGGUAUGGCCUCGUGCCGCUUUCCGUGCGCGGAUUCGGCGGCAAGAAGGGGAAGAGGUAGCUCUAGAGAAAGACGGCUAGAUAUAGACGGGUCGGCACCCAGAUGAUCAUGGGUACUCAUGCGCUGUGGCCGCUCUGUACACACGCAUUGGACACAGACACAUACAUGAACAUGAUAGACACCUCACAACAGCGCAGCUUUCAUGUCGGUGUCCAUGUCCUAUUAUAACACAGACACACACACCGUGUGUGCGUGUAGCUCUACCUCUAGGUGUAUAGCUCUACAUUUGCACCACAUGGUGCCACAC